CCCGCUCGCCGCGCGGCCCGGCGACGGGGAAGUUCCCGCGAGUGGCCUCGCGCCCAGACCGCGCGGGGGGCUAUUCGGGUGGAGGCGGGGGAGCCGCCGGGACACCAAAAUAGGAGCUGCUUGUGGGGUGGAGCGGCACUAGCUGGCGGCCUCCGAGCGCCUCUUCCAAAGAUGGUCAGAGGGGCCGGAGGCGUCCCCGCUCCCGCUCGCUGCUAGCCCGCGGGCCAGCGCCGCGUGCCGAGCCCCGGCGGGAGCCAUGGCUCUAAAAGGACAAGAAGAUUAUAUUUAUCUUUUCAAGGAUUCAACACAUCCAGUGGAUUUUCUGGAUGCAUUCAGAACAUUUUACUUGGAUGGAUUAUUUACUGAUAUUACCCUUCAGUGUCCUUCAGGCAUAAUCUUCCAUUGUCACCGAGCCGUUUUAGCUGCUUGCAGCAAUUAUUUUAAGGCAAUGUUCACAGCUGACAUGAAAGAAAAAUUUAAAAAUAAAAUAAAACUCUCUGGCAUCCACCAUGAUAUUCUGGAAGGCCUUGUAAAUUAUGCAUACACUUCCCAAAUUGAAAUAACUAAAAGAAAUGUUCAAAGCCUGCUUGAGGCAGCGGAUCUGCUACAGUUCCUUUCAGUAAAGAAAGCUUGUGAGCGGUUUUUGGUAAGGCACUUGGAUAUUGAUAAUUGUAUUGGAAUGCACUCCUUUGCAGAAUUUCAUGUGUGUCCAGAACUAGAGAAGGAAUCUCGAAGAAUUCUAUGUUCAAAGUUUAAGGAAGUGUGGCAACAAGAAGAAUUUCUGGAAAUCAGCCUUGAAAAGUUUCUCUUUAUCUUGUCCAGAAAGAAUCUCAGUGUUUGGAAAGAAGAAGCUAUCAUAGAGCCAGUUAUUAAGUGGACUGCUCAUGAUGUAGAAAAUCGAAUUGAAUGCCUCUAUAAUCUACUGAGCUAUAUCAACAUUGAUAUAGAUCCAGUGUACUUAAAAACAGCCUUAGGUCUUCAAAGAAGCUGCCUGCUCACCGAAAAUAAGAUCCGCUCCCUAAUAUACAAUGCCUUGAAUCCCAUGCAUAAAGAGAUUUCCCAGAGGUCCACAGCCACAAUGUAUAUAAUUGGAGGCUAUUACUGGCAUCCUUUAUCAGAGGUUCACAUAUGGGAUCCUUUGACAAAUGUUUGGAUUCAGGGAGCAGAAAUACCAGAUUAUACCAGGGAGAGCUAUGGUGUUACAUGUUUAGGACCCAACAUUUAUGUAACUGGGGGCUACAGGACGGAUAACAUAGAAGCUCUUGACACAGUGUGGAUCUAUAACAGUGAAAGUGAUGAAUGGACAGAAGGUUUGCCAAUGCUCAAUGCUAGGUAUUACCACUGUGCAGUCACCUUGGGUGGCUGUGUCUAUGCUUUAGGUGGUUACAGAAAAGGGGCUCCAGCAGAAGAGGCUGAGUUCUAUGAUCCUUUAAAAGAGAAAUGGAUUCCUAUUGCAAACAUGAUUAAAGGUGUGGGGAAUGCUACUGCCUGUGUCUUACAUGAUGUUAUCUACGUCAUUGGUGGCCACUGUGGCUACAGAGGAAGCUGCACCUAUGACAAAGUUCAGAGCUACAAUUCUGAUAUCAACGAAUGGAGCCUCAUCACCUCCAGUCCACAUCCAGGAUACAUGAAGAAGAUGGCCAUCUGCAAACCAGGAAGCAGGUCAUCAUGAGACACCAGAUCUAACAGCAUCUUGAUCUUGGACUUCUUAGCCUCCAAAACUGUGAGCAAUAAAUUUCUGUUGUUUAAGACACCCAGUCUAUGAUAUUUUGUUAUAGCUGUCCAAACUGAGACCCAGAUAUAUACAUACUACAUGAUCUAGAACAGGCAAAGCUAAUCAAUGGUAGUUACUUUUAAGGAGGGUAUUGACUGGGAGAGGAGCACAAAGGAACUUUCUGGAGUGCUGAAAUGUUUUAUAUCUCAAUCUGGAUGGUAAUUACAAGGUGGUGUUCACUUGUGAAACUUCAUUGAGCACUUAAAAUUCAUGCACCUUAUAGUUUGUAUGUUAUAAUUCAAUUAAAAAAAUGUUUAGCCCCCAAAGGCCCUUCUUUUCUCUUUAUGUGUCACAGAUAUUUUAUUUUACAUGAAGUCUUGGUAAAGAAUCUGUGCGGUUUUAUCAACUUCCAUGUAUUGUCUUCUAUAGAAGAUCUACUUACGAUUUUAUGCAUGCUGAUCUCGUCCACUUGCCAAAUGUAGCAAAUUGACCCAAGUAAAUUUGGCUGUUCACAAUUAUUAGAUAAUUUAGGGGAUAGUGGAGGCCACCAAUUGUUAGACAUAGGGGUGGGCUCUAGGUCUCCCCUUAAUAACCUCACUUUCAUAUGACUUAUUACAAUGAAGGAAGUUUUUUUAGACAAGAUUCACAUUCAAACAUCUGUUAGCAAGAAAACACAAAAGUCGUUCUACAACCUAUUCCCAAAAUUCAGGGAGACACUAGAUUUCUGGCUUUUAGGCAAUCUGAUAUUCAUCUUACACACACACACACACAAACACACACACACACACACAGAGAGAGAGAGAGAGAGAGAGAGAAAUAGAAAAACUUAGCAAGCCUAGCAGCCUUCAGAGUGGUACUCUUGGCCUGGAGUUUUGAUUUAGUUGAGUUUUCUGCCCCUUAGUGAUGAAUUCUCUCAAUUGCCCUAACCAAAAGUCUAAAAUAUUAUCAUCAUCUGCCUUGAAUAAUUUUUCAUGGAUUUUUUCCCCCUCGCAUUUAAAGUCCAGGUUAGAGUGAUAAGUCCAUUCUACGAAGCCAUCAGGGUUGGUAUGCAACUACAGGAUGUUGGGACUUUGCUUCCUUCUAUCUUGCUGCUUUGCCACACCUAUGGUGUUGCCUUCAUUUGCUUGGUCCAGUUUUGCUCAUCAUCCACAUCUAGCUAGUUGAAGAAAAGAGAAAAGGAGGUAAGAGAACAAACUCAUUCCAUUUAAGAAUGACCUGGAAGUUGCACACAUCACUUCCACUCAUGUCUCAUAGGCCAGACAUUGUCUUACUAAGCUUCAAGGAAGGCUGGAAAAAUGUAGUUUUUAUUUUUGAUUGGCCAUGCAUUUUGUUGAAAGCCACAGGUGAUUUUAUUAUUAUAUAGGAAGGAGAGAGCCAAGAGAUAAGUAACAGUGUCUGCCACAAUGACAAAAUUGGUUUCGGUCAGCUUGCAAAUCUUCUUAGUCUGUUUUGUGUUGCUAUAAAUGAAUACCCGAGGCUGGAUAACUUUUUUAAAAGAGGUUUAUUUGGCUCACAAUUCUGCAGGCUGUACAAGAAGCAUGACACCCACCAGCAUCUUCUUGGCUCCCAGUAAGGGCUUUUCUGCUGAGUCAAACAUGGUGGAAAAGGUCAAAGAGAAGCAGGCAUGUGUGAAGAAAGACCAAAUCUGAGGGGCACCCUGGUAUAACAACCCAUUGUUUCAUAACAACCCAUUCUCAUAGGAACUAACCCAUUCCUCUGAGAGCCAAUCAGAAGGAAAACUUACUGGCUACUACAAGAACGGCACCAAGCCAUUCAUAAGGGAUCCAUCCUCAUGACCCAUACACAAACCAUAGCAUCUUAUCAGCAAUAUGUACUCAGUUGGUCCCUCCUUCCUUGAAACAUUCCCCUCUUUAGCUUCUAUGGUGCCAUAUUUUCAUAGCACCUCUCAGGGUCUGCUUAUUCUAGCUGCUAUGCAGGCUUCACUUCUUUUUUUCAUUAUCCAAAAAAUUCAAAUGCUAGAGGGGUCAGUCUGGGAUCCUCCCAUCUUUGUUGUCUAUACUCUCUUUAGGAGAACUCAUAUAAUGACAUGACUUAAAAUGUCUGCUAUAUACUAAUAGUUCCAAAAUUUGUAUCUUUAACCCUGACUUCUCCAAACUCAUACCAACUGCCUACUUGACAUCUUUACCUUUAUGUCUAAUAAGCAUUUCAACCUGAAACUGAGGGCUAACCUGAUUUGGCCCACCAAACUUAACUUGUCUCAUUUGUUUUUAGUUGAUUUUAAAAGCUACAUAUUUAAUAGCUAAAAGUCAUGUAGCUAAGCAAUAUAUAAAUAAACUUCCACUAGCUUCCUUAUAGAUUACAUAUCUGAGAUAUAGGUCACCAUGGUAAUGGUUGCUUGUUUUUCAGGAACUUAGAGUCAGCUCUUGUCCAGCUUAAGCCAGCUGAGACCAACAACUCUUCAACUGGGCCUGCAUGAGUGUCCAAUGGGUGACCUUUUGGCAUCACAGGACCAAGAGCUGAACCCUCAGAUCAUGCUAAAGCUGCAAUUUUGUGGACAUGUGUCCUAUGAAGAGCUAUGAAGCUUGACUAUGCUUGUGCACAUCACCAGUUGCCUCACUGUUUCUUACCCCAAUUACCUUUCCCCAUGCCUCAGACCACCUUGCUCCUUUAUCCCGUAAAUACCCUAAAACUCCAUCUUUGGGAGCUGGAUUUGAGAUCUGUUCUCCUGUCUCCUCACUUGGCUGCUUCCUGAAUAAACCCUUUCUCUGCAGCAAAA